GCCGCUGCCCGCACCCGACAUGGCGGCGGCCGGCGGGGCGCGGGGCCGCACCAGCUUCCAGCGCCGGGCCGGGGCCGGAGCCCGCCCGGCCGCCCUGCCGGGCACCCGGCCCGCGCUGCGACACGGGCAGCUGCUGCUCUCCAGCGGGCUGCCCUCCCUCGACUGUGUGCUAGGUGGAGGCGUAGCUGUUGGAACCCUUCUUCUCAUUGAGGAAGAUAAAUACGGCCUUUACUCCAAUUUGUUGUUCAAGUAUUUUCUGGCAGAGGGAAUUGUCUGUGGACAUGACCUGUUCGUUGCUUCUGCUAAAGAGCAUCCUGACAACAUCUUGAAGGAACUUCCAGCCCCUUUGCUUGAUGAUACCUGUGGAAAGGAAUUGGGAGAUGAAGCAGCAGCUGUUAAGUCUGAGGAUUUUCAGGAUUCUAUGAAAAUAGCCUGGCGCUACCAAAAUUUACCAAAAAUGGAGGCCAGCCCAACGCCAUAUACAAAGUUUGGCCAUUAUUAUGAUAUUUCUAAGAAAAUGUCUCCAGAACUGAUUCAGUCCAUAAAAUGGCACAGUUUUUACCUUCACGAAGAACCGUCUUCACAGCCUAAAAUGAAAACAUGUAAUAUGAAUGGUGCUUAUGUGAGACUGCUUCAGUCCCUUCAGAGGAUCAUUGCCCAGGGAGGGUUCGAUGGCUCAGAUCCCCAGAAAAAACAAAAGAAUGUUUUGAGGAUAGGAAUUCAGGGUCUGGGUUCCCCGUUGUGGGGUGAUGACAUUUGUUGCAGUGAUACUCCUGAAGAUGUUCAUAGCCUUACAAAAUUCCUUUAUGUUCUCCGUGGCCUCCUCAGGAAAUCUUUGUCAGCCUGCAUCAUCACAGUUCCAGCUCACCUUAUCCAGCUUGCCAUUGAGAAGACCGAGGUUUACUCUAUGACCAUUAAUUGCCUUUUUCAUCACAUAGGAUGCGUAUUUUGUUUCCGUGUCUUACAGAAUAAAGCAAUUAUGGAACGUGUAACAAACUUGUCAGAUAUGGUAGUUGGCCUUGAAUCAUUUAUUGGCUCUGAGAGAGAAACCAAUCCAUUGUACAAGGAUUACCACGGUUUGGUUCAUGUACAUCAGAUUCCUCGGCUUAAUAGCUUGAUCUGUGAUGUGUCAGACACGAAGGACCUUGCUUUUAGAUUAAAAAGGAAGCUGUUCACCAUUGAGGUGUUCUGUGAAGGUGGAUUUUUUUUGGAGAAAGAGUCAGUCCUGUUUGAACUGUCAGACUUCAUCUUUCCUGUCACAUCCUGUUGAUAUGUCAGAGUGAACCUUGAGGUCCCAACAUGGCAAGCAGAGCUUCUCAUCUCGUAGGUCUCCUUCAUUGUAGUCAAAGGCUUUCUUCUGAAGUCAGUGAUCAUUUUCAUUAAGAGCCCAAAAUUUCUAAAUCUGUUGGCUGUCAGUGUCUCUUUUUAAAUGAUUGACAUGUACUAAAAAUGGUAGAAGUGUAAAUGAGCAAAAAUUGCAGCCAUCACUAAGUCACUGACUUUGAAAAUGCAAAGUAAGACCAGUGCAAAACUGGAAAACUACUGUGUAAUUGUUGCAGUUAAUAGGAAUACACAACUUGCAGCAUAUUUAAUGUGCAUUUCUUUUUUUCUUCCAUUUCUUGUGAUUUGUACAUAAGAGCAGUUUGUAUAUAAGGGAUGUUUAACCAACAUAACAGUAUCAACUAAAUUUAAAGGAGUGAAAUCUAUAGUACAUUAUUUGGAGAGGUUUUUUAUCUAGCUAAGCAAUAAUUGAGUGUUCUUUGAAACAGCUGCUUUCAUAAUGUGUUGUGCAUAACUUGGAGUUGUCUGGGUUCUCUGUAAGUUCUGCUACCCUUAACACACUGGAGAAAAAGGAAAGAUGAUGACCCAAGAUAAACAUGUGAAAACUUUCUCAGGUUAGAAGUUCCAGCAUUUGGCAGUGCAUGCCCUACUUAGCAAUGUCUCACUGUGUGUGUGAUAAGAUUGUUUUAGGCUCUUCAUGACUCACUACUCAGUUUUUCAAAGCUUCAGAUAUUUAUGUUAUACCAAGAGGGAGGAAAAGUCCUACAUAAUUAGUUCUGUUUACUUGAUUAUUAAUUUUAUUCAUAUACUAAGUGAAAAGUUCUGUUUACUUUGAUUACUAAUUUUACCUGUAUACUAAAUGAAGGUAUUUUCCCUCAGGUGACAUAGCUAGAGCAAAAUGCUUCCUUUUUCAUGUCCAAUUUGUUUAACUUCUAUUAAAAAGCAUGUUCUUCUUCCAGAAA